UUGAUACCGUAGAAAAGCGAGUAGAAAACCGUCGGAUCGAAAUCGGAUGGCGAUGGCGUGAUGUUGUUGCGAUUGGUGGAAUUGAAAUCAGCGUCGGAAGAACGCGAAACAGGGAAGAAAUCCAAGUCCAUGAGAUAAUGAAAGGAAAGAAGUAAAAGAAAAAUCUCGCAAUAAUCAACUCAGCAGUUGAAUGUUGGAUUCCGCCAGUCCCGCCAUUCGACGCCUCUUCUUCGAUUCAAUCCCUCUUCCGUUUGCCCUUCCCACAUGAACACGACCCCAUAAAACAAUUCGCAAAAACGAUCCAUAAUUGGAUCAUUAUUCAAUUAUUAUCCAUAGAAUUAGCAGAGAGAGGUGGAGAAACAGUGGGUGUGAAUUGAAAUGGGGAUUUUUCUUUUCCUGUUUUUACUUAAUUGAUUAAAUGGAAGUGGUGUAUUUACAAGGGCGUGUGUGUGUGAUUUAAGAGUGCGAAGCGAAGCCGGCUCUUCUUCUUAACUCUGGUUUUCAUUUUCACUGUACAGAGCCAACCAAGUUAAUCCUUCCCACACGAAAUCUCUCUUGGUUCUUCGCCAACGACCCUCUCUUCCUCAUCCUUUAUUGGUAUCGCUCUACUACUUGGAUUCUUCUUGUUCUACUCUUUUUCUCUCUCUAUCCUUCUUUGUUUUCCACCUACCCGAUCGCGGGGACUGGAAAUUUUGAGGAACGGGGAGAUUUCUACUGCCCCUUGAUGUGAUUUUUGUUUUUGUUCUCGAGAUAAUUGGAUUGGGUUUUGAACCUUUGAUCGAGUCUGGCGGCGUCUGAGAUCAAUUCUGUCGUUUAUUUUUGUGUAUUUUUGAGGAGGGGAAGGAUUUUGAGGAUUGGGUUUUUGAUUUGAGGACAUGGGUUGUUUUCCUUGUUUCGAUUCGAGGGAGGAGGAGAAGCUGAAUCCUGAAAAGGAAAGCGACGAUGGCAAGCAAGACCAUCCAAUGGUUCCACCCAACAUUUCCAAGUUUCCUUCCGGAAUAGAGAAACUUAGAUCAAAGAGUAAUGGAGGUUCCAAAAGGGAACAGCAGAGUCCCAAGGAUACUCCUCUUGUCAAUAUUUCUGCUCAAACAUUCACUUUCCGUGAGCUUGCGAUUGCGACAAAGAAUUUUAAACCCGAGUGCUUUAUUGGGGAAGGAGGAUUUGGACGUGUAUACAAAGGGCGGCUUGAAAGCACAGGCCAGAUUGUGGCCGUUAAACAGUUGGAUAGGAAUGGUCUUCAAGGUAACAGAGAAUUUCUAGUGGAGGUUCUCAUGCUUAGCCUUCUACAUCAUUCAAAUUUGGUGAAUCUGAUUGGUUACUGUGCUGAUGGGGAUCAACGUCUACUUGUGUAUGAGUUCAUGCCUUUGGGAUCGUUGGAAGAUCAUCUUCAUGAAAUUCCACUUGAUAAGGAACCCCUAGAUUGGAACACAAGAAUGAAAAUAGCUGCUGGUGCAGCCAGAGGUUUAGAGUACUUGCAUGACAAGGCAAAUCCUCCAGUUAUUUACAGAGACUUCAAAUCCUCCAAUAUAUUACUUGAUGAAGGAUAUCAUCCAAAACUUUCUGAUUUUGGCCUUGCAAAGCUUGGCCCUGUUGGAGAUAAAUCUCAUGUUUCCACCAGGGUCAUGGGAACUUAUGGUUACUGUGCUCCUGAGUAUGCCAUGACCGGACAAUUAACAGUCAAGUCUGAUGUUUAUAGCUUCGGUGUCGUUUUCUUAGAGUUGAUUACUGGACGGAGAGCCAUUGAUAGCACCCGACCCCAAGGCGAACAGAACCUUGUUACUUGGGCACGCCCAUUUUUCAACGACCGCAGAAGAUUCUCGAAAUUGGCUGAUCCCCAGUUGCAGGGGAGGUAUCCGAUGCGAGGUCUCUACCAAGCUCUAGCUGUGGCAUCCAUGUGUACGCAAGAACAGGCUGCAGCCCGUCCGCUGAUCGGAGAUGUGGUCACUGCCCUCUCUUAUUUGGCAAACCAAUCCUAUGAUCCAAGUUCUCCUUCAGGUCCUUCUGCUCAGCGAGGUUCUGGUGAUCGGGAUGAAAGACGGAACAGAGAUGAGAAAGGUGGAGGGGAAGAAGGGGGAGCAUCCGGGCGAAGGUGGGCACUGGAUGGUCCUGAUAAGGACGAUUCUCCGAGGGAGACCGUUAGGAUUUUGAAUAGGGAUUUAGACAGAGAACGUGCAGUUGCUGAGGCCAAGAUGUGGGGAGAGAAUUGGCGAGAAAAAAGACGACAGAGUGCACAAGGCAGUUUUGAUGGCUCAAACGGGUAAGUAAUGCAAUGCAAUUAAAAGAAACAAUACAAAACGGAACGAACACCUCUGUUACCUCGUCUCCGUCCUCCCUUCAUUCCAGAACGAAGAAACUCCAAUGUAUGGGCGUAUUUAAGGUUCUAAAUCGUUGCUGGUAUGCUGCUACUUAGUGUCAUUGCGAGCAGCAAAGCAAUUUGAUGUAGGGGUUGGGUUGAUCCUAUAGAGACUUGGUCAGUACUUUUUCUCAAAACUUUUUGCUCACUUGAAAUUUUCCUCCUUUACAAAUUCCAUACCCAACACAUGAGGAGGAAGAAGAAGAAAAAGUAAGCAUGGUGGAGGAGAAUGUAGAGAGAGAGAGAGAGAGAGAGAGAGAGAGAGACUCACAAAGAAGGAAAAGAAAAAAAGGAAUUGAAAAAGUCAAGGCUUGGCUUCUUUGAUUUGCUUUUGUUGUGUAUGAAUGAACUCAGCACCACAACCAAAGAGAUACAAAACUGUUUCAAUCAGUCAACUUUGCUAUUCUCUUCCUAUUAUAAACCACAAUGAAGCCUUUCUUUCAUUACUUCCA